AUGAAUUUAAAAAUAUCACGUAUUGCGCUUAGUCUCACCGAGAAGUUAUCAAUUUUACACAAAUAUGACUCUAAUCCUUCUUUAGAAAAAACAAAAUUAGCAGAAUCACUAAAUAUAUCAGAGUCUACUCUACGAACAAUUAUUGUCAAAAGAAAAGAAAUACAAAAACGUGCAAAUGAAGGAUCAAACAAGCGAAAGAAAAUAAAAAAUGGAAAAUAUUUUACUCUUGAACAAAUUCUGAUACAGUGGAUUAACGAAAUGAAUGCUAAUUCUACGCCUCUUAAUGGUCCUAUUAUUCAACGUAGAGCAAUAAAAAUUGCUAAAUCUUUGAAAAUCAUAGAUUUUAACGCAACAAAUGGCUGGUUGGAUCGAUUUAAGAAAAGGAACCUAAUUAGUUACCAAAAAGUCAGUAGAAAAUCUAAACCAGUAAAUGAUCAGGAUAUAAAUGUUUGGUUCUUGAACAUUUUACCCAAACUUAAAGAAAAAUAUGCUUCAAAAGACGUUUUUAAUGCUACUGAAUUUAAGCUAUGUUACAAACUAAUGUCCAACAAAUUACUAGGUAUCAAAAAUAUAAAACGCGUCAAAACAUGCUCUAAAAGUAAACUUAGCAGAGAACUUCUCAAAGUGCUUAUCUGUGCUAAUUCUAAUGGAACAGAAAAAUUAAAUCCACUUGUAAUUGGAAAACCAUUGAAACCUAAAUCUUUCAUUGAUAACAAAUCUUUCCCAUGUGAGUAUUCUGUAAAAAAAACCACAUCAAUUACUAAUGAGAAUUUCUGUUCUUGGGUAAAAAAGUUAGACAAAAAUAUGAUCAAAAAUAAUCGGAAGAUUCUUCUUCUUGUAGACAAUUAUAGUUCAACUAUUCCAAAAGAUAUUGCAUUGAAAAAUGUGGAAUUAGUAUUUUUUCCACCAUACAUUACAAAGAAUCUUCAACCUCUGAAUCUAGGUGUGAUUAACGUCUUUAAAAAAUACUAUGAAAGGCACUAUCUAAAUGUUCUAAAAAAUUCAAACACUAAGCAGCUUAACAUAAUAUUGAAUGCAUUACGUCAUAUAACUGCAGCAUGGAGCAGCAUACAGCCACAGGUAAUUACUGAAUGUUUUAAAAAAGCUGGAAUUGAAUGUGGUUCUAAUGAAGUAAUUGAUGAUGAUACUGCUAGUGAAGCGAUGGUAUUGAUAAAAGACAAUUCAACACAUUUAAAAAAAGCCAGUCGACAUAACAAAAGUCUAAUGAUCACAGAGCACAAAUAUGUACAAAAUAAUGAAGACUUAAUUGAUAUCGAUGAAGAUUCUGAUUCUGGCCAAAACGAAUCAUUAUAUGAUGCGAUUAAUGCCAUUAAAAUAAUAAGGCGUUAUCUCCCAACAUUAAAAGGAAAAUAUCAAUAUGAAUUACAUUCCGGCGAGCUACAAUAUAUAGCAAGAUGUUCAACUGCGGGUUGGAUAUCAUUCCAUAUACUUAAAAUAAAAUGA